CGCUCGUGAAAUUUCUUCGGGAACACGUUUGGGCACACAACGGAACGAGCAUUGUGACGCUGGGAUGCACCUUUAGAUUAUUGCAGUCUGUUUCCUUGUUGUCGAAGUUUCUGUUGCUUUGACGUUGCUGUGUGUUUACACAUAUUCGAUAUCGACGAAUCCCCAUGCGAAACCAACACCACUGUUGUGGUGUUGGCGAAAUCUCACACCGCUUGUUAGGCCGGUGUCGGAUUACAAUUGGAUUCUCGUUACAUAUUGCAGGAGGAAAUAAAUCACGCAUCGCCGUUGCGCGUUCACUGCGAGGCCAUUUUUACAACACUUGCGGGCACCAACUUACCGAUACAUGCGCAGUGGAAACUCGUUAACAAUAGAACACCUGAAGUUUCGCUUCUGCGGAGAUGCGCAUGAUAAAUACCGAACAGUUUGAUCAUGAUCGGUCCGAAUGAAAUCGUCGGCUACGGUCUCUACGCUGUAGUAUUACAAUACCGAUUUCAUGUAUCCCUUGAGACGUAAUCGACAGCGUAACCUUUUCGUAUGAUCGCAUGGAGCUUACGUCUGCACGACACUGAAGCGAAAUAGUGCCAUUUACGCGGGUGCUGGCGACGCUGCCGUGUUUCGAUCGGUUCGGUUCGAAUUCAUUGAGCAUGGAGAUCGUACUGUUCGACAAUAACAGAUUCAUUACCACUGUUCAACAUUUUCCGGCGUUAUGGGAUAAGAGUGAUCGUGAUUACGCGGACAGGGGGAAAAAGGAGAACGCUUGGAGGAAGGUGAUGAUUGCGAUCUACGGAGAGGAGAAUAUAAACAAAUGGGACAAAGAUAAACAAAAUGAAACUGGAAAAGAUUUACAGAAACGCUGGAAGAACCUCCGUAAUUCAUUUGCCAGAGAGUUGGCAAAAAGAAAACAUUGCAAACCUGGAUCAGGCAAGACAUGGAAAACUUAUAUGUAUUUUGAGCAGAUGUCAUUUUUAAUGCCAUCCAUGUCUCAUGCAGAGUCAAGUGCCAGUUUCAGCCACAUCGGAGAGGAUGAGAUUGAAAUUGACGAGUCUAUCGAGGCGACAGAGGUACCUUUAUCUGUUUUGUUGACUACACCUCCAGCCGAGGAAUCGAGUACAAUUUUUGGGAAGAGAAAAGCAACUAAUUCUGAGAAUGAUUUAGCAACUAUUCUAGCCAAAAAUCUGAAGUGUAUGCAAGAGAAUGGGGAGGUUGUAGGAAAUGAUCCAGACAGACUUUUUUUGCUUUCGCUUCUCCAUGACUUCAAAAUGAUCCCAAAUUCACGGAAAGCCAAUGUGAAGAUUGCUAUGAUUAAUGCCAUUGCAAAUGGUUUAUACGCACAGCAGCCUCCUCAUCUUUCUCAUACACCACCUUCUCAUUAUCCGCCAAAUAUCCCUUGUAAUGGUAUGCAACCAAUACAUUCUGCUAUUUCCCCGAUACCAUCUCAUUUAAAUCCUAAUCACCCACGUACUGUUAUUUCUUCACCUACAUCUAAUGCCGCACCAAAUACUUCUAGUCCUUUCUCUGAUUGUGAUUCCCAAAGUUCCACAGCAUCAGAUACAAGUAUAUUUAAAUUAUAUUAAUUUUGGUUUUCUUUCUUACUUUAAUAAAAAAAUCUGUAUACCCGCAA